AUGACAAGCCCUGGGGUUCUCGUGUGGGCUCUCGCUAAAGGGGCCUUCGUUUGCAUUGAGAACCCUGAUGGCUCCCUGUUUUGGAGCUGCCUUGAAUCUCUUCCAGAGUUUCAGUCUUGUCAGGCCUCCCUGGAGGCUUUCUGCGGUGACAUGUGCAUGCUUGGAGGUUCUAGGCCAGCUUCGAUCAAGUUCCUCACCAACAUUUCUGCGCUUCGUUCACUUGUUCACAUGUGCCCCGGAGUGGGCGACGGGCACAAGCAUGCUUGUUGUCAGGAGAUCUCCUUCACUCCACCUCCUGCCCUGGCUCGGCCAGGAGAUGAGGUUUCUGACAAGAUCCCCAUAGGCAUUUAUGCGACUCCCGAGGAGUUCGUGCAGCGAGCUCGUGCUCUUCAACACCCGAUGGCGGGUCCCAGCGUUGUCACGGACUCCUUCAAGAGAGCCCUGUUCGCUAACCUCACUAAAACCCCUGCCGAGGUUGCAAGCUUGAGAGCCUCCUUCCUUGAGCAUGUAACACAUUUGACGGAGAAGCUUCGCCCCGAUGAGGAGGCUCUACAUCGCUCUUUCUCUCCUGAGCUUCAGAAGGUUCUUAAAGGAAAACGACUUCUCCUCUUUAAGACCUUGCUGGAAGAGUACCGGUACGACGAUGUUGGGGUCUGGGAGAUGCUUCGGGACGGCCCUUCCUUGACUGGCACUCAGGACCAUCCUCCCUAUGCCGAUCGUAGUUUUCGCCCGGCAACAGUUAGCACCGAACAGCUGGAGCGUGAAUCUUCCUGGAGGCGGAAAUUUGUGAGCUUCAAAACUUCUUCACCCCAGGAUGCUGCUACUCUGACUUCUCUUGGUGAAGGUGAGGUUUCGGCUGGAUUCAUUUCGGGACCAUAUCGAACAGCGGCCGAAGUUACUGAGGCUUUGGGAAGGCCAGACUGGAUUGCAACUCCACGCUUUGUUUUGCUUCAGGGCUCCAAGGCCAAGCCCCGGGUUAUCGACGAUUGCAAAUCUUCGGGUCUGAACUCAUCUUUCUCCUCCACGGAGCGCCUUCGUCUGCAAGACCUCGACUAUGUGGUGGCGAUGAUCAAGCUGGCUGGCAAGAUGUCGGGUCGGCAUAAAAUUCGUAUGGAUCUUUCCACUGGUGAUGUGCUCUGUGGUGAUCGAGUGCUUCCCUCCGGCUCUGAGUGGCUUGGUCGAUGUGUGGAUCUAGCCAAAGCCUACAAGCAGAUGGCUGUUCCUCGUUCCCAGCGCCACUUGGUGGUGCUCUGCCACCACGAUGAACAAGGACUGCCUCUGUACUACAUCUCGGAGUCCCUCCCCUUCGGGGCUGAGGGGUCGGUGUAUGGAUUCGUGCGCAUGAGCCGAGCACUUUCAUUUCUUAUGAAUGAGGCCAUCCUUGUGCCGAGCUCGGUGUACUUCGACGAUUUCCCAGCGAUAUCUCCCAAGGCUUCGUCAGCAUCGGCUACCGCUGCCAUUAAAUUCUUGCUGUCCGCCCUCGGUUGGAGGUUCUCUACAGAUCCAGAUAAGGCGCGAGAUUUCGAUUCCACUUUCGAUGUGUUGGGCUGCACCCUUGACUUGUCGGGCCUGGCCGGACCUUUCGGCUUCUUGGAGGUCCGCAACAAGCCUCGGCGGAUCGAGCACAUCACCGAGCUGCUGGACGAGUUGGGCAGCGGCCGGGGUGACUUCCGAUUAGUUCCUGUGGUACAGGGUCAGCUCAACUUUGCAUCGAACUUCGUUCUUGGUCGAGCCGUCGCUCCCCUUUCGCGAGCCCUGAGCUCUUCGAGCUCCGGUGAGAUUAAGAGCUUGUGUGAGCGAAUUCGCGAUCUCCUGCGAGGGGCUCGUCCGAGGAGAGUGUCGUGGCACUCCCCGGAUGCUCCUAUUCUUAUCUUCACUGAUGCUGCUUUCGAGAAGGGGUUAGCAACCGUUGGCGCCGUCGUCAUCGACACGAUGGGUGGCCCGGCUUCCAUUUAUGACGGAGUUCUCCCCUCGUCUUUGGUGUCAUCGUGGCAACGCUAUGACGACGAGCAGAUCAUAUGCCAGGCUGAAUUGGCCGCAGCAGUCUGCAUCCGCCACCGUGAACGCUACCGACUGACCGGCAGAAAAUGCAUUUACUUCAUCGAUAACGAAAGUGCCCGAUUCGCGCUCAUCCGAGCGGUAUCGGGAGUACCCUCGAUGCAAUCCUUGGCCUCGUCAUUUCACACGUGGGAUCUGGACCACCCCCACUAUCCUUGGAUAGAGAGGGUGCCUUCGACCUCUAACCCAGCCGAUCUCCCUUCGAGGGGGCGCAUCAACGAUUGCAUUAGGCUUCUUGACGGACGACAUGCAGGCAGCUUAUGUAUGCCGCCGGAGUUGGAAAACUUCGACCCGAUGGGCGAUUUCAAACCCCUUCGUGAUGAUGGGCCAACUUCGAUACUGGCAAUAGCUGCUGCAAAAGACUAG